GUUUAAUACGAAGUACUCCAUAGUUUGUUUGAGAAUUAUUGUGAUCGUAGCAGGAGCCGUCAACCUGCAUGUAUAGUCUAUUUUUGUGUGCGGUUAGCGAUUAAACAUUUUCGAUUUGAAUUGUCAUUUUCUAUGUCUCAUCUCAUUGUAGCCUUGAGAUGUAUCAUUGUAGUUGUUAUUGGGCAUUUUCCUCAUCGCGCAGCGCGCGUCACAUAACUAUAGUACGCAUAUAUGCUCAAAAAAUUGGUCCCCUCUGUUUACUUUUCUGGAUCAAAAAUGGAGCAUCCCCAGCUCUCAGAAUUGGAUGUGAAGAAGAAAAGCCGGCAACCAUGUUCUUGCCGCCGAAGGACUUGAUGUGCAAGAAGAAAAGCCGGCAACGCCCAUGCUCUUUGCUGCCAAAGGACUUGCACCUGUUUUCCUUUAAGAAUAGACUCAUGUAUAUAUGGAAGGUUUUUUGGAUCGGAAAGAGGAGCAGAUGUGAUCGAGAAACGAAAAGACAGGGAUAAGGCAUGUCUACUGCUAAAUCAGGAAGCUCGAAUUCCGGAGGUCAAUACGAAUAUGGCGAGUGGAUUCCAGUGACCUAUUGCGAAUGUGGCCAACAAUUAAAGCUUUUGACAACAUGGAAAGCAGAUAACAGUGGGAGAAGAUUUUGGAAAUGCAUUGGAAGUCAGCCAUAUAAAGGGUGUGGUAUGAUGGAGUGGUUUGACCCUCCAAUGUGCAAGAGAUCUCAAAAAAUAAUUCCGGGGCUGUUAAAAAAGAUGAAUGCGUAUGAGGAAAAAAUUCGUACAUUGGAGAUGAAGCUUGAAAAAUUAGAGGUUUAAGGGUUCAAACCAGAGAAGAAGAGGAAGAAAUGUACUAAAUGUAGUAGGGCAUUGGUUUGCAUUGUUGCAGUUGUUGUUGUAUUUGUGUCCAUGUAUAUCAAAGCCACAUAAUGUGGUUGUAGUGUUUAGGUUCUGUAAUUGUUGCUUUGUUUUAUAUUCACCCAUUAGGUGUGAUGCUGUUGUACUACCUGAAUAUUAUGAGUAUGAUAUCAAAUUAUUUCAUUAAUGUAUUUCAUUUUGGUGUUAAGUAUGAGC